AUGAAAGAUUGCCCGAAUGAAUGUAAUGAAUAAUUGAUGUAAAUAUUAAGCAACUUUGUAAAGAUUUACAAUUCUUAUGAUAAUACUUUCAUUGAGUGUAAACAAUGUAGAAUUGAUGUGAUUGUUUUUUUCUUCUUUAUCGUUCUUGCUUUUCCCUCUCUUUCUGUACAUCCAAAUUUAUCUGAGUACAAAAAAGAUAGAAUUUAUCUUGUGAAACAUAAAAAAAGACAGUGGUCGCCGUCGUGACUCGUGAGAGUGCCCUCUUUUUACAUGUGUCGCUCUCUGACGAGGAAUGUGCCAACCAGUCAUUUUUAUUUCUCGUGCACGACGGGAUAAAGUGUACUAAUUUAUGAAAAUAUUAAGGAUUUUGACGUAUUAUUCGCAUCCACAUUAUUAUAAAUAUUAUUGAAAUAUACAAAUGAAUAUAUAAAAUGAGCUCUCUUCAACAAACUGGUAGAUUUCUACCUUUUACGAAUAAUAGCAGUAAUAUUCAACGCAAACAAUUAUCUACACAAGGCUUACCUCAAAGUUUAAGUGGCAGUGAUACAGAUGUAUCAACAUCAAACGAAAAUUUAAGUAAUGAAGAAAGGUAUGUUAUAAGACACACUGCUAGACAAGAACCUCAAGGUCAGGAAAAUCAACAGCAAAGUCCAUCAAGAUCUUCCAGUCAUAAAGAAAAUAUACCAAAUAUUCAAGGUAAUUUGAUUAACCGGAAUAGUCUCAAAGAUAGCUUGAAUGGAUCAAAUAGAAACAGCCUGAAGGAAAGCUUAAAUGGCUCUAAUCGAAAUAGUUUGAAAGACAGUAUCAAUGGCUCCAACAGAAAUAGUUUGAAAGAUAAUUUAAGCAAUCGAACGAGCGUAGGCUCAAAUCGUAGUAGUCUUGAUAUAUCAACGAGCUCUUAUAAUACACUUAUUAUUCAUAAUGCUAAUGAUGAAAACGGUUGGUCACCAUCUGGCCGCCUAUCGAGUAUUGUACGAGAUCAUGGUGACGUGGGUUACUUGUAUUGUGAAGGUGGAGGCAAAGGUCAUUCAAAUAGUCCAACAAUGCAGUCCCUAUCGAGUUUGCCUCAUGAUGAAAGAUUUUAUGAACAAUCGAACAAUGGUGGAUGUCAAGAAAUCAAUGAUAUUCCCGACGAUUAUCUUAAUCAAUCUCAGGUUUUAAAACAUCUUGCAAAAGAAGUUAAACCUUCGUAUAGUAGUAAGAUUCCCAGUCCUGGAAAUAAUUUGGAAAUCAGAGUCAGAGAAAAUGAUCGAGGCAAACAAAAUAAUAAUGAUUUUAACGAUCGUUCGCCGACGUCUUAUAAUUCGAUACUGAUGCCCGUGAAGAGUAAACACAGGUUGUUAGGACCUACUGAAAAAUUGACUUUGUCAAGAUCGCAGCCAGAUUUAUCUAGGAUUGGAAAGCUCGAUGAUGGCUAUGACUCUCCUGCUACUUCACCCCGACCUCAAACAAAAGGUAGAGAAGAAAUUGAUACAGGCACAAGAGAAAUAUGGCCUCCAUCUGAAAUGGUUCAAAUUUUAAUCCAAGAAAAUAGUGCGUUAAAGCUUGAGUUGGAGCGGUGUUAUAAUAAAGUAGCAAAAUCACAAAAAUUGGAACAAGAGAUAUCAAAAGUACACCGUGUGCACGAGGAAUUGGCUGCUUCUUGUGAGAGAAGAGAAAAACUCGAAAGAGCAGCCAGGCUAAGGCUUCAAAAUGACUGUCGGAGAUUGACUGAAUUGAAUAGAGCAUUAAGAGAUCAAAUUGAUUUGUUAUCUUCACGGUCAGACAAUCCACCAAUUGCCGAAUCGAUGCGAAAAGAAUUGACACAACGAGAAUUAUUGAUUGGACAACUUAUUACUCAAAAUAAAGAAUUGGCAGCAGCUAAAGAUAGACAAGAAAUCGAAUUAGCUGCACAACGGGCAACGUUACAAGAGCAACGAACACAUAUUGACAUUCUGGAUACAGCGCUUACGAAUGCACAAGGAAACGUCGUUCGUUUAGAAGAAGAAUGUCGUAAAAAACAAGUGUACGUAGAGCGAGUUGCACAAUUACAGCGAGCAUUAUCAUCUCUUCAAGCUUCCAGCGACCGACGAGAAGAAACUGAACGACAAUUGCGAGGUCAAUUAGAACGGGAAUUACGUGAAGGUGGAAAUGGAGCUCAUGGUAACGAGCAAUCAGUUAAUGGCGAGACACUGACCGAAUUAAAACGGCGAUUACGUGAAAAAGAUGAAAAAAUAAUGUCACUCGAAGGUGAUGUAGCAAAAUGGGAACAGAGAUAUUUAGAAGAAAGUGCCUUACGUCAAGCAGCUAUUGAUGCCGCCAGUCUUCCAAAGGAUGCCAAGAUUGCAGCCUUGGAGAAGACAAGCCAAGAUGCCGAAAAGUUAAUUGCCGAAGCACGAUCAGAGAAAAUGCGGCAUAUGGAUGAAGUUCAUGCAGCUCAAAAGAAGUUGGCUGACCUUGAAUCUCGAAUGAAAGAUCUUGAGUCAAAGCUUGCAGAAAGAGAUGCAAUGAUCCGAGUUCUCCAAAAACACACAUACGACAAAGACAGUAGUAGCUGCAGUGGAGUGGGAAGUUAUCCGGCUGUACAUUCCUCUCAUUCAAGUACAUCAGCCGAUCAUACGGGUUUGACAAGUACCCCAGAAUUAGUUUCACGUAUGUCAUCAGUAAGCAGUGUAUUGGGUGGAACAAGUGGAUAUGGCAGUACAGGAACGUAUGGUGUUACGGACUAUAAGUAUCGAAAACAAGGUAGUUUUGAGCAGACCAACAAAAGCCUUGAUGAUCAACUGAAAGAACUAGAUUCCCAGCUCCUCAGUAAGCGGGCACUUUGCUGUUUUCCAGGAUUCUCUAAUCCAGGCACUGCGUCGCGAAAAGGAAAAAUAUCCAAGCCACUAUUGGCGGGUGUAGAUAGCACAGGUAGUUCCAGUACUGCUUCCAGCAAGAGCCGUCUGUUGGACGACUCCGCAGAAGCUACAGGUGGAAUUAUCGAAUUUACUAGUACAUCUGCGAGAUUUAAAGGUACUGUGUCGCGAUUGUCUGAUGGUAAACCGGAGGAUAUGAUGCUAUUAGAAAAACAGGGAAGGACUUCGCAAAGACAAAGAAUGCAGGAAGGUGAUCAACCACGUAGGGCUGGUUCUUUGCCACCAAGUUCUCUGCCACGUCCACCAAGAGCUUUGAAAUCUGCUAAUUCUCGUUAUUGUCGAUUAAGUGAUACAGAAGCUCGAAAGAAAUCUGAUCCAGGGCCUGUUAUUGAUAGUGGGAUCAAAACUCGUGAUUCAGGGAAUUGUACUCUAGAGUAUGGAAGAUUUGACACCAAGGGUCAACGUAGGAAAAAAUCAGUUGCUGACAGUUUCGUGCAAAAUAACACUCUCAAAAAACCUUCCAGUGGAGAAUAUGAACGUCUAGGUGAAAUAGAAAGGAAAAAACUUGUAAUUAGUGAUGUCAAACAUCGAGAAACGCAGGGACGUUCGUUGAUACCACCACCAUCACGUCGCAUUGGUGAAUAUGGAAGACUCAGUGAUGGUGAUGCUAAAGCCACACUCAGAAAACAAUCUGGCAUUUCUCGUGGACUCAGUACUGGCAGCACAGUCAGUAGCAAAAGUGGAGGUCGUGAUUCUGGUGGUACUGCCAGCAGUGAAGCAUCAACCUCUUCACUGCCACCCACUAAAGCAAGGUCUAUACCACGACCUAGCAAUUACCGGAUCCAAUUUUAACCCUUUACGACGAGUAUGUGAUGUCAAAGAUAAUAUAUUUAUUGGAGGAUAAAAUAUAACCUUGUAAUUAAUAUAAUCAUUUGGAAUCUCAGAAUAGAUUGGUGUCUCGCUCUAGUACGCUUGAUUUUUAUCACGCCAUAACAGUAACAAUCAUAGUAUUUUUUAAUACUGAUUUGUUAAAUCAAUUCAUCGAUACAAGUGUUCUCUUUAGGCCUCCCAUUUUACAAGCCAUUAUGUGGAUAUUUUCUCAAAUAUAUACAAUAACAUAGAAUUAGGAAAAACUAGUCAUUACCAAAGUAUCAAAGUUUCUUCGAAAAAACAGCGUCUCUGUUUAGAAAAAAAAAAUUAUCUUCUUUCAUAAAAGUUACUGGUGACAGUGCCUUCAAAUAAUUUCUUUUUACACUGGUCAGUACAAUUGUUAAAAAAAAAUUCAGUGCCUUUUGAAAAUAAAAAUAAUAUUCAUACAUAUUUUAUUAAAUAUGUAUUAAUGAUAAUAAUGAUCUUUAAUAUAGCGUAGGGUUUCAUAAGACUGAAAAAAGUAAAUAUUGAUGAAAAAACAACAAUUAUUAAAUUAAUGAUAAAUUUUUUUUAUGAGUUUUGAUUUAUUAUACACUUUGAUAUUUAAUUAUGAAAAAAUGUGGUGAAAAUUUAAUGAGAAUUUUAAUCACCCGUUGUACUGUACCAGAUAAUUAAGUCGACGCGGUUAAUUUUAUAAUUCAUUGCACACCAAAGGUCGAUCCUUUUCUUACUAUAUUAUACAAAUGUAUUCUAAGUGCAUAUACAAAUGACUAGUAAUAUAAUUGUCAUAAUAAUAAUUAUUAUCAUAAAUAUUUAUUCGUGCUUGUGUUAGAUAUGUGAUAUCUGAUAUAGGUACACAAUUCGUUAAUCAAUGACAAUGAUGAUGCUGAUAAUAAUGAUUUAUAAUAAUAAUAAUAAAAUAAUAGAGUGCUGUAGUGGUUAGCAGGAUGUUAUAUAUACUAUUUAUAUCAUAAGCUGUUUUAUUAAUAAUUCUUUGAUUGUGAUGUAGUAUAGAAUAGAUCAACUGAAUUUUAAUCGUUGCUUUGUAGUGUAACAUUUCAUUUGUAUGUAUGAGAAGUAAUGAGAAUUUUAUUCUAUUUGUCAAUUUGAUAUAUAUGUUGCAUAUCAGGUGAUUUUCAAUGACAAUCUUGCAUUUUGUUUAAAUUAUUCUUCUGUAAUAGUCAAUUCAUACAAUUUUUAUAUGGAACAUUUUUAUGCCAAGUCUGCCAAAAAGAUUUCGGAAAUUUUCGGUUUUGAUAGGAAGAAUCUGAUUGAUCAUUUCUUCAGACUGAAAAUGAUUUUUUACUCAAAUUAAUUAUUUUCUCCAUGCAGUUAUAAUAUUUUUUGUAAAAAAGACUUCAAUAUUGGUUCAUUAUGAAUACUUUUUUUUAAUUCAAUAGAAUAUUUAAAGAGUUAGAUAUGUGAUUUAUUUUUCUACGGAAUUCUUACUUUUAUAAAUCAAAGUAUUAUUGAAUAAAUUAAUUUUUAAAUAAAAAAAAGCCGAAAACAACCGAAAUUGACUUUUUGUUAGGAAGAUUAUUUAAAAAAAGAACAAAUGAUAAUAAUAUUGAAAGUACCUAAUAACUUAUGCAAGAAUACCAAAAUCUGUUGUCACCAAAGAUAAGUUUGCGUGUUAUACUCGUUGCUAUACGUUGUAACCAAAUAUUUGAUAAAUAUUUUUGCGUUUUACUCGUAUAGUUAAAACGAUGGAAGUUAAAUGUAAAGAUAUCAGAACUGUUAAACGUUUGCUCUCUAUUUUUGAUACAGCCAUAUUGUUAAUCCUCGUUUUUUAGUUUCCACAUGUUUUUAUUUAUUUAUCAAUUGAUUCUAAGUUUAACGAGGAAUUAUCAAUAUCCGUACUGCCAUCGUAUUUUCAACGAAAUUUUUUUAUUUAUUCUUUUGUAUUUAAAGGUUUUUAAUCAAAUUUUGUAAUAUUUUACAAGCCAUAAAAAAAUUUUCUGAUAUUUUCCAAUGCUGAUGAUUAAUAUUCGGCUAGAAAAUAGACAGUAAGCGAUCUUUGUUACAUGGGUGUUUUAUUUUGUGGAAAGCGUUUCGUGGCUCAAGUAUGGAUGCUAUUUUAGCUUUACUAACAAUUACAUUAAUACGAAUGUACCGUUUUAUUGAUAAUAAUGAUGAUUGCUUCCAAUACUUUAAUUACAUUGGUACAUAAUAAUCUGAUGUAAAGGAAUUGUACGAAAUACAAACCCUGUUGUGAAAAUA